UACUGUUACCAUCCUCGUCUCUAGGUGAAGAAACUGAGGACAGGGAGGAUGAGUGCCUGGUGGGAGGACUCCUAGCUGGUAAGGGGAGAGGGCCAGGGAAGGAACCCGGAGCCAGACUCCCGGUUUCUGGCUUGUCCAGGGGUGGGGGUGCUCCUGCCCCUCCACGACCAGAGGCAGCCUUCCAGGCCACAGAGGAGGCCAGCAGGGCUCCCCGCCAUCUCUCGUGUGGCAGGAGCUGCCUCCAGGCGCUUAGCGUGGCCCAUGGUCCCUCAGGGCCUCGCUCAGUGCUGAGCUUGCAGGAGACGUGAAGCUGGGACUUCCCCAUGGAGGUGAAGGGGCAGUCACACCCCUCCGGCCUCAGCCUGAGGGGUGACUGCUCUGCCACCACCUGUCACAGGAACUCGCGAUGCUGCUCACCCCUCAGGUGGGCAGGGAUGGGGUGGCUGUGCUGCCUCUCCCUGCCUUUAAGCAUCACUCAGAGGGAGAUGAGUCUCCUGCAGAGGUCAGGGUGAAGGAGAGACCGUGGGGGUGGUCAUGUGGGGGCCGGGGCUGCCGUCAGGGCAGCAGAAGGCAGAUGGGAGGGAUGUGUAUAACCCCCCCCAACCCCCCCCCCCACACACACACACAUCAAGGUAUCCCCAUCACCAUGAGCGCCAUGAGGGCAUGGCCUGUCCACAUGGUCUGGAGUGGAGUGUACACUGGGGGCGGGGGGGGGGGCGUGUUCUUUUGAGGCCACACAGGGCCUUGUGCGGAGGCCUUGCCUUCCUGCUGGUUGGCUUCCUGCUCCAGACACAUUCCUGCCCUGAGUCACCGAGGAGACUGCUGCUUGGAAUGUGGCCCCAUACUCUCCACGUUCAGGGUGAUUUCUGGCAAAGUUUCCCUCCUUCCCUCCCACCCUCUCACUUUGGAGGGAGGAGCCACCUGACUGACUAGCCAGCCCUCCUAACCUCCUACCCGAGGGCAGUCUGGGGUCUGGCAAGGCUGGGGUUUGGUACCACACAUGCUGUUUGAUUUGCAUAAAGCGGUUCCGGCGGGCCCAGUGGUCUGUUUCCCUCUCUGUAUGAGAAAGAGGAAUAGGGCCCUGACCGGUUUGGCUCAGUGGACAGAGCGUGGGCCUGCGGACUGAAGGGUCCCGGGUUUGAUUCCGGUCAAGGCCAUGUACCUUGGUUGCGGGCACAUACCCAGUAGGAGGUGUGCAGGAGGCAGCUGAUCGAUGUUUCUGACUCUCUAUCCCUCUCCCUUCCUCUCUGUAAAAAAUCAAUAAAAUAUAUUUUUUAAAAAAGAGGAAUAGGGCGAGGAUAGGGCUGGAGGGGGCAACCCAGGGGACCCAUGGCCAGUGGGGAAGGGCUUGCCUGGCUGAAAACCAGGGGUUAGGCAUGGUCAGUAAUUCAAGCACUUGGCCAUCAUUCCUCCUUCCCUGGGCUUGGCUGGAGGCCUGUUUCUUGAUCUUAUAAAGUUAGAAUCUUGUAGUUGGUUCCCUGAUGAAGGCUCCUGCGUAGGGUGUUUGAGAAAGGGUAGGAGGGAACCAGGAGCAGAGGAGGUGGGCAGACAUCUCCCUCGCUCCCAGGUACCAGCCACCUCCUCCCAGGCGCCCUACCGGCUCAGGGGCAGGUUUGCCGCCCACCGGCUUCCUCGCCUGCUGCAGGGCACUGGGUCCUGCUGGCAUUUCCCCAGCCAGGUCACCUCCCUCAGGAGGACAGGUUUCCUCAGAGGCCACCAGCCCACCUGGUCACAGGCUGCCUCACUCCAGCAGCCGCCUGGGCUCCCAGCCCCCUCAGGCCCUGCGGUGAGGGUGGUGGGUGACAGUGUUGAAUCCCGUGGGCAAAAGGCUGGGCUGGGGACAGGGGAGCCCCGCCCCAGGCCGCUCGCCAGUCUCCCUGGCUCACUGGGUCCCCAGUCCUGAGUCCCCGCCACCCCCAGCUGUAGGGUCCCCGGUGAGGAAGAGGGUGGGGCCAGGAGGGGUUCGGGGCUGGCGGGGACCGGCGCUCCGCCUUUGUCGGAAAGGAGUUCCCCGGGCAGACGGCAUCCCCCGUUUCAUCCCCCGUUUCAUCGCGCCGGGUUCGGGUGGCGGUGACUGGCCCAGGCGCACAGCGGGGAGCGCGGGGCGUCCGCGUCCCGGUCAGGCCCUCCCAGGCGGCACGUGGGCUCCAUUUCCUUCCGCGCCCCGGCCCCGGCCCCGGCCCCGCCCGCCCGCGGCGUUUCGGCUGCAGGAAGGCGGGCUCCGCGUGUGACCCGGACGCGGAGGGACCCCAGGCCGGGGCUCCGGGCCGGGGCGGGAGCGCGGGGCUGCCCGGGCUGAAGGGCAGCGGACCAGGGUCCUCACCCGCAUGCAGCCAACACUGGGGCCCCGCUCCCCGCACACCUGCGCGCCUCUAUCUGCCGCGCCCCUCCUCCCCCCGCGCAGGGAGCGUCCGGGGGCCGCGGGCGGACAGCCCUCCGCGGCUGCAGCGGCCGGGCAGCGGGGCCAUGCUGGGCCGGCGGCGCGCCUUCGCCGUGGAGCCGCGCGGCGGCGGCCCGGGUGGGGCUGGCGAGAAGCUGGCACGAGGGUGUGUAGUGCCUGGAGUCACCAGCUCCUACCGCCGGAUCCCGGACGCCUGCGGAGAGUGCUCAUCGGACUCCUGGGAGGGGGAUGGCGAGCUGAAAGGUCUCCGGACACAGGUGCCGCUUCCCAAACUGGCCUUCCUGGACUCGGGAGUGGAGAUGGCCGUUGGGGACAGCUCCUGGGCCAUCUCUCCACGCCUUUCUCAGGACUCCCUGGACUCAGAGCCCGUGGGGAGCCCUGAGCCCCUGGCCCUGCCCAUGGAGCCUUCUGCCCACCUGGGCCGGCUCCUGGCCAGCCAGAAGCUAGAGCGGGUGCUGGAGCGGUCCAGCCAGCUCCCGACUUCACCUGCCAGCUUGUCACACCACCACCGCUCCCGGAAGCCUACAAGGAAGCCUGAGUAUGACAUGCCCCCUGUUGGAGCAAGGGACCAGGGGGCCACCAACGCAGAAACUGACCGAGAGGCAGGCCUGGGAAAAACAGAGGUGGGGAGGGGCAUGGGGCCUGAAGCCCGGGCCUGCCCUCCCGGGCAGGGUCUUCACUACCUGGAACACCUGUGCCUGGUGCUGGAGCAGAUGGUGAGGCUGCAGCAACUGCACCUGCAACUGCAACCCCAGAGGCCCCCUGGGGGCCCUGUAGAGAAGGAGGAGUCGACUCUGGCCCCUUCACCUCCACCCUCUCAUGCCCCAGGCAGUGAGGUGCGGGGGUCACGGGAGCUGCUCAGCCAGACUCAGGAGACAGGCGAAAAAGGAGCUUCACUCCCAAAGGUAGGGGUGCCCAGUGCCAACCCUUUCAGGCUGUCCAGAGUCCCAGCAGAACCAGCUCACACCUUGCAGUCCUCCCAGAGUCACAAGCGGGAUCUCUCCCACUGGAACAAGGUCAAGGUCCUUCUCAAUCGGAUUCGCUGGAAGAGCCCUCAACACCCUGAGCCUCCUGCCCCUCCUAAUGGCCCUGCUUUCAGAGUUGAGUCAAGGGACCUUCCAUGUCGUCCCCUCAGGAAGACCUUUAUGCCAUCGUUAGUAGUGAAGAAGCAACGAGCAAAACACCUUUCUGUCUCCUGAGACCUCCUGGUGCAGGGACAUGACGCUGGCCGGAGGGGUGUGCAGUGAAGUCUUCUUUGCCUUUGGCCCCGUUGCUGUUUUGGGGCACUGCCAGGAAAAGCUGCCGGUGCUCGCCCUUCUCUCUGAGGCGAGAGCCGAGUCUUUCUCCUCUGAGCAGCUUGGCAGAGGAGCCCCGGUUCCCUGGGAGACCCCAAGGUGUGGCAUUUCCUGGGCGCCUUUCUGACUGACAGAAAUCCCUGCAGUAAUUUAUCAGGCAUCCAUGGAGCACUUUCGGCAUGGUGAUCUGUUGGGGUCCAGUGUGUUGCAGAUAUGUAUGUAUGCAACAUGAUAUACAUAUACAGUAUCUCUGUUGUGAACUUAUUGGAUCCAAUCAUCUCUCCUGAAUCACACACUCCAGGGGUUGGUCUUCUGGGUGAGGUAAUUGCAGAAGGAUGGGACUGACCUUCAUUCCUCAACGGACAGUUACGGAUCCUGGAGUCCUGCUUUGCUCCGCAUACCUGUAUUGGAAGCCCCAGGACAGGGAAGGGUGUCUUUGCUUUAAGUCUUGCACAUAGAGCAGAGCCCUCGAAAACUGCACCAGGAAUGAGAGGGUUAGGGAAAACGGGGAAUAGCAGAGUGACCUUUGUUAGCUGUUUUGCUUCCUACUAGCCUUUACCCGUCAGAGCUGAAACCAGAGGCCCACACUAGCUUUUACACCUGCACAAAAUCCCUUAACUUGUCUGAGCCAUAACGUCCCACUUAAUCUCCCAAAUUGUAUAAUGAUGCUUGACCUACCUACCUCACAGGUUUGUUUUGAGGAUAAAAUAAGAUUAAACU